AACAUUCAGCAACAGUCAAUCUUGAACAAUUCUACCCUCCCUAACUCGACUUUUCAACUGCCCAAGAUGGUCCGCGUCUUCAUUACAGGCUCAAGCGACGGAAUUGGCCAAGCAGCCGCCAAGCUGUUGGCUGAGCAGGGCCACCAAGUUACGCUUCACGCUCGGAAUGCAGACCGGGCUGCCUCUACUCAAGCCGCCAUACCGAAAGCAAAGGCAGUUCUCAUCGGCGAUCUUUCAUCCAUCGCGGAGACCAAAAAGCUCGCCCAAGAGGCCAAUGCCGCGGGGCCCUUUGACGCCAUCAUCCACAAUGCAGGCAUCGGCUACGGCGCUACAUCGUCCCGGCAGAUUACCCCUGACAAAAUCUCGGCAGUCUUUGCAGUCAACACGCUGGCGCCGUACAUCUUGACUUGCCUGAUGGAUAAGCCUACGUCGAGACUGCUCUUUAUGAGUUCCGAUAGCCACUACAGCGGCGACGAGACUCUACGAAACGCUACGCAAUCCCACUCAUAUGGUGACAGCAAGCUUCAUGAUGUCAUGCUCGCCAAAGCCUUUGCCCGACGCUGGGAGGAUAUUCAGGUCCUGAGCAUGCACCCUGGAUGGGUGAGGACGAAAAUGGGCGGCAGGGCUGCGCCAGGGGGCACAGAUAAGCCGGCAGUGGCCCUAGCGGACUGGGCGGCUGGCGAAGGCGUCUUGGCAAAGAUAAAAUCGGGUGCUUUCGUGUCAACAAGCAGGGAAUCGACGUCGCAUCCAGGGGCUGAUGUUGUGAGCAAACAAGAGGAGCUCCUCGACAUUUGCAAGCGAGUUUCUGGAAUUCCUGUUCCAGGGGAAUAA